AUGUUGUACAAGUCCUUAGCCGCUGGCGUUAUCGCCUUUGGCUUGCCCACUUUCGUGUCGGCCACCCUGAUCUUCGUUACUUCUAUGGGUACAUCGACGGAUCCUGGAUUUCUUGGCACCAUCAAGUAUGCGGACGGAAAGCUUGAGGUCAUCAACAAGCAGCUCGGCAUCUGUGGCAAUAACCCUUCAUGGUUGGAAUUUGUCGGCGACCACAUUUACUGCCUCGAUGAGGCUUGGAGCAGCAUCUCAACUGGCUCCCUCUACAACUUUCAGGUCCCCAGAGAUGGCACGAAUCUCACGCUGAUUAACAGGCUGGAUACGCUGAGAGGCCCAGUGAGCAGCGUCCGCUAUGGACAGAAUCUCAAUGGACUGGCCAUUGCCGCCUAUGCGGGAGGGGGUUUUCAGUCGUUCGAUAUCUCGAAUCCCGCCGCCCCCAAGGCUCUCCAAAAUAGUACUUUCACAAUCUCGCCGAAGCCUGGCUCCGACUCUCAGCAAAAAACAUCACAUGCUCAUGAGGUUGUCCUGGACCCUACCGGGAACUUCAUUGCGACGCCCGAUCUUGGCGCAGAUCUCAUUCGUAUCUUCAAGGUAGACAAGAAUACCUUGAGCUAUGUUGAAUCCAAAACGGUUCCGACACCCGAUCUUUCCGGCCCAAGGCACGGUGCUUUCGUUAAGCUUGACUCCGGAACCUACUUCUACGUCGUCACUGAGCUCUCCAAUGAGAUCAUUGGGUGGAAGGUUACCUAUAAUAGCAAUGGUCUUGAUCUUGAUUUUGGUAAAGAGCUGUUCAUCAUUCCAACACACGGCCCUGGUUCUAAGGGUAUCGGAAAUACCACUAGAGCUUCAGAACUCGUUAUUUCGCCCGAUAACAAGUUCCUGCUAGUAUCAUCCCGAUUCGAUGAAAAAACAUUUGAUCUUCCUGACCCGGAGGACAAUGCGGCGGGACGGAUCAAGUCAGACCCCAUCAUCAACUACGCCAUUGAGACAGACGGCACCCUCACCCUUCAACAGGUUUUCGCUGCGGGAGGCAUCAACCCGCGCCAGUUCUCCCUGAGCAAAGACGGCUCCCUCGUCGUGUCCGCGUUGCAGACUUCCGGCCAUGUUGCGCUCAUCAAGCGUGAUGUUCAAACUGGAAAUCUAACGGAAUCCAUCGGCGCUGUCCAUCUCGGUGGACAGCCCACCUUUGCCAAGCUCAAGGAGUGA